AUGCUAGGCCUAUACAACACCGACACCACGACAGACGACCUUGUCUUCGACUAUGCAAGUCUUAUCAAGGGCAAAGUCGUUCUGACCACAGGAGUCUCUGCGAAGUCGCUCGGCGGCUUUUUCGUACAAUCAAUCGCUGCAGCCAACCCGAAGUGUUUGAUCUUAGCCUCGCGCAAUGCCGAAAAAUUAGCCCAGAUGGCCGCAGAAAUCACCGCCGCCCAUCCUACAGUGAAGGUGCGCACUUUACAAAUUGACUUGGCCUCCCUGCAAUGCGUACGUGCUGCAGCCACCGAACUUAACGGAUGGGAUGAUCUCCCUGUCAUCGAUGUGCUCAUCAACAACGCGGGAAUCAUGGCUGUGGAAUACCAGCUCUCGCCGGACGGCUUCGAGUCCCAUCUGGCCACCAACCACCUGGGCCCGUUCCUGUUUACCAAUCUGAUUAUGAAGAAGCUCGUGGCUGCUAAGGAACCACGGAUCGUGGUUGUUAGUAGCGAUGGCCAUCGAUUAAACCCGAUCCGGUUCGAUGAUUACAAUUUUGACCAAGGGAAGACAUACAACAAGUGGUAUGCCUAUGGACAGAGCAAGACCGCCAAUAUGCUAUUUACAAUCUCAUUAGCACAGAAGCUCGGCAUGAAGUAUAAACUACAGGCUUUCAGUCUUCACCCGGGGGUCAUCUGGACCAAUCUGGGGAGCCACUUGGACUGGAAUACUGAGUUUGGUGGGCUUCGAAACGCGGAUAAGACCCUAGGUAAUGCCGAAGGUUGGGGAGAAUUCAAAAUGAAGCCGCUGGAAAGAGGUGCUGCCACCCAUAUCUAUGCGGCCUUUGAUCCGAGUCUCAAGGCCAACAAUGGGGCUUAUCUGAUCGAUUGCCAUGUUGCGGACCCUCUAGUUGACACAGUCAAGCCGUGGGCCACCAGCAGCUUCGAAGCAGAAAGACUCUGGCGGCUGAGCGAGAAGCUUGUUGGGCAGGAGUUUUCCUACUGA